AUGAAUACACUCUUCUCCCCUCGAGGCCAUGCGGCCUUGGCAAUCAUCAUUGUCUUUACUACCAUUUCAACGAUCCUUGCUUCUAUUCGAGUCUUCACACGGGCAUUUAUCGUGCGGCAGAUGGGUGCUGAUGACUGGAUGAUCAUAGUGGCUCUGUGGGUUGUAUAUUUCACGUCCGUAUCCCUUCCUUAUUCUUUGAUUUUACGCCAACUAACAUCCAAUCAAGAGGUUUUCCAUGGUAUGGGUGAACACUACCUGGCAAUCCCAGAGGAUAUCUACAUCUUGCAGAUGAAGGCCCUCUGGGCAGCCAUCCCAAGUUACCAGACAAGUCUAUUCAGUACCAAACUCUCAAUAGUCCUGCUGUAUCAACGCAUAUUUCAAACCCCACGAAUGCAUCUGGCAUGUUCUAUCCUUUUCUACUUCCUAAUCUGCUAUGCAGCAUGGACAAUUGCCACUGCCUGGGCCAUCUGCGUUCCAGUCGCCAAGUUUUGGUAUCCCUCCAUUUCCGGAUUCUGCUUCGACAAGAAGGCCCUUUGGUUCUCUAACUCGGCCAUUCACAUAACAACCGAUAUCUUACUCUUGGUUUAUCCAAUGCCUCUCCUUAAAUCUUUGCAAUUGCCUCGGAAACAGAAGCUCGCUCUCAUGGCCGUCUUUGCUUUGGGUGGAUUCGUGGUGAUCACAAGUAUUCUCCGCCUACAGAGCCUACUGAGGAGCGCCAACUCCACAGACCCAACCUAUGACAACCUCGGUGUAGCAGAAUGGUCCGGAAUCGAAUGCAACGUCGCAAUAAUCUGCACCUGCCUCCCAAGCACACGCGCAUUCAUGUCCAGAAUCUUCCCACAUGUCUUCUCAACCCGCAGCAACGGCUACCGCAGCAAAACAACCGAACCUUAUCCUUUACGAUCCGGCGCCAAUGCAUUUUCAGGAACAGGCGAAGACACCCAUAUACAGGCUUGCGUUAUUGGUGGUCAGGAUGACUAUGCUCUCGAUGAUCUGACACGCUCUAACUCACAAUGCUCGGAUCAGAAGCCGAUGGAUAUUCGUGCUGAUUAUGUUGGGAUCAAGGUUACGACUUCUGUUCAGCUAGAGUCGACUUCACAUAUCCAUGAGGAUGGUAUGGAAAGUACUCAGGACCUUGUUCGCAAGCAAAGCGUCUAA